UCCUGAUGCGGUGAAACAGCAGAGAAGUAAGAAAACACCGCACAUAUAUGGAUUAAUUUAAAUGACAUAGAGUGACGGGAGACGCCAGCACCUUCUCCAGAGGAUUCACGGAGACGAAUGCAGACGCCGGGAACCGUGUUUUAACGGUGUUGUACGCCGGGUGUCCGUGAAUGAGCGCUGUUUUAGCUGAGCAGUCGUGUUUUAUGUCUUCUUGCUAGCUUAAGCCAACGUCGCGUUUAGCUGGUACACGCAGACAGAUAGACUUCUCUCUCCGGUAAAAUAUGACACACAGUCACCGUUAUUCUCGAUACAUCACAGGGGGAAACAGCUUUAUGCUUGUUUGAUUGUAACUGGAAAACGCUCGCUUUUUUUGGUCACUUAGAGGUCAAGACUGCACUGGAAACGCCUGUUCCUCACUGUCAACACAAGAACGAAACUGAGGAAACAAUCAUCGGUUUCUUGUCCAGGACAUCGUGUCUGAAAAUCACUCGUGAACAUCUCAGCAAGUGGACAAAAUGGCUGUGACCUGGACUUCAGUCAACACGCAGAAAACACAGCAGAUACUUUGUAAAUAGUAACACUUCACUCAGUCAGGUUGGCUCCACUACUUUUUUCCUGCUUCUGCUGACAGGGCACUUAAACAGUAUCCUGUGUUUGAAUUUGUCUGAAGUGGAGGAAGUCUUGUUCGUUUUUUAAUUUUUGUUGCUGCACAGUUCAUUUUUGCUUAGACUAAGCUCUUCAGUUCAACAGUAAAGGAUGAAUGGCCUCUCGCUCAGUGAGCUCUGCUGCCUGUUCUGCUGCCCGCCCUGCCCCAGCCGCAUCGCAGCCAAGCUCGCUUUCCUGCCCCCUGAGCCCACGUACACCUUUCUUCCCGACCCAGAUGCAGGCCCUGCUGCGACGGGGACAACAGGGACAUCGAGUCUACGGGCGCGGAGCGGUGCGUCAGUCGCUGGAAGUGGAGGGGCCGGGGCUGUGGAGGGGAGAUGGAAGCUUCACCUGACGGAGCGGGCAGAGUUUCAGUAUUCACAGCGAGAACUGGACAUGACAGAGGUGUUCCUCACUCGAUCCAGUCGGGGGAACCGAGUCGGCUGUAUGUACAUUCGCUGUGUUCCUAAUGCCAGAUUUACAGUGCUUUUCUCCCAUGGUAACGCAGUCGACCUGGGCCAGAUGAGCAGCUUCUACAUCGGCCUCGGCACUCGCAUCAACUGCAACAUCUUUUCCUACGACUACUCAGGCUACGGUGUCAGCACUGGCAAGCCCUCUGAGAAGAACCUCUAUGCAGACAUAGAUGCUGCCUGGCACGCCCUGCGCACACGGUAUGGCAUUAGCCCAGAGAAUAUCAUCCUGUAUGGACAGAGCAUUGGUACAGUUCCCACUGUAGACCUGGCAUCACGGUAUGAGUGUGCUGCCGUUGUUCUUCACUCACCUCUAACUUCUGGAAUGAGAGUGGCCUUUCCUGACACAAAGAAGACCUACUGCUUUGACGCUUUCCCCAACAUUGAGAAGGUGUCCAAAAUCACAUCUCCAGUGCUCAUCAUCCACGGGACAGAGGACGAGGUGAUCGACUUCUCCCACGGCCUGGCUCUGUUCGAGCGCUGUCCCAAGGCCGUGGAGCCUCUCUGGGUGGAGGGAGCAGGACACAACGACAUUGAAUUGUACAGCCAGUAUCUGGAGCGUCUACGCCGCUUCAUAGGACAGGAGCUGGCGGUACAACAUGCCUGACGAUCACCACCUCCGCAAUCGUCAUCAUUACCUUUUUUCCUGGUCCACUUAAAACCUCACCUCUCUGUGUCCAAGAUGGAAAUGUUUUGAAGAGUCAUCUAAACCAUCCCUCAGCUUACCACAGCACCCAGGGGUGUACUGUUUCACAUACUGUAGUGCUCUGUUUUCAGGGCGUAGUAUGCCUUUAAUUGACCAUGGAUUGAUGUGACACAGAGGAAAGGAGGAGUGUGUUCAUAGACAUCAGAAGUGUGCGAGUGUGAUAGAGUUAAAUUGCAUUUAGACUGUUGUUUCGUAGCAGAAACUAUAAAAGUACAGCUGCCAUGUGUUAGGUGGCAGAUGCGUAUAUUCCUAUACUGUGCAAUAAUGUGGACAGUGUCACAGGAAAAUGAACUUUGUUGAAAUUAAAUGGGGGUGGUUAACAGAACAACAAACUGAUAAAUAAUCAUGUAGGUCAAUUAUAUUGUGGUCCACAUGGAAAGUAUCUGUCAAUUUUUCCAGCCUACUCGUUCAGUUAGUGUAUAACUUUCAUUUCUGCUGUUAACCCAAAUGGAUAAUGGUGAAGCAUGUUGGACUCUUGACAUGUGUUGGAGAAUAUUUUGGUUGUCUAAUCACACAUUAAAUCAGUGAACAAGUUUGUUACUAAGUUCUCUACAUUGAGCCACCAGUUUUUAUCAGUAACACCUGUACAACGUAAUGCAGUCCAAUAAAAAGCCCUCCAGUAAAUUCUGUUUUAAAAGGGGAUGAUUUAACUGCAUUUUCUAGUAACUGAUGGUGUAGUAUUGGGCUGCAUCAUACUGAACAGGGUCUCUAUUAUCCUGUCCACGUCAUAUAUGUAGGUUUUGGGGUGGAUAAAACUGGUGACUAGCCCUUAGGAAAAAUGAAAAUGAUACAUAGAGUCGAGUUUGUUUUUCACCAUACUGAACAUUUUGCUCAGGUAACCCUCCUUUAGACGUUAGAUGUGUCUUUCUUUUUUGUUUGUUUUUAUAUACAGUCAGUUAAAUCUCCUCAGAUCCUUUUGAGCAAAGAUAUGAAAUCAUAUUCAUCCAGUGUGAGGAUUUUUUUAGUAAUGAACCAAACUAUGAUCCCAUAACUGAGGUACAGACCAACUCUGGAGUUUGGUGAGCCGUCACAAACUUUUGCCUUUUUGCUCCAGUCGAUCCACCAUGCUGUUUUCAGUCUUUUAUGGAAGACGUUUGCAUCCCAGAGAUGGAGCGAGAUUGGCUGCGUUAAAGGACGACUGACGUUCAACAGCCUCAGAAAGAAAAUACCUCCAGCUCCUUUGUUUAGUGGAAUAUCUGAGAGUCUGUAAGCCCUGUCCUUUUUGUUUCAGUCUUGUUUAUGUCUCACACCAGUAGGUCACAGCUGUCAGCUAAGUUCCUGUUUCCUCCAGUGUCUGGAACAGAGAAGCAACACUAAAAUUAAACGGGCCACAGUUUUCAACCUCCAGCCUGUUUUCAUCUCUUUGUUUUAAAACUCUGUCUGACAGCAAUCCUGCUCAUUUGCACUCCAUCUUGAAGGGGAACUGUGUCAAUUUAAGAAGUAUAAAAGCUUAACUUUGAACUUAAAUACUUUAUGACUGUUGCCAUUGUCUAAUUUUAAUUGUCGAUGAACUUCACAGUGUGAGUAAUAAAAAUUGUUUCCACCCUUCUGCAGAUAAACACAGGAACAUGUUUUAUCACAGUAUAUUGACUAGUUGUUUUCCAGCUUUAACAGCAUUGGCAAAGAGUUCAGUGAGAAUCUCCUCUGAGAACAUUACACUAAAGCGUUAGAAAUUUAACAGGUGGACAGUCCUCUCACAUGACAGCAUUGCUUUUCCACCACUAUUCUACGUGAUGUUGUCAGGUAAAACUAGACAGCAAAUAGUCUGUGUGAAAUUGUAUAACAUCUCUUUCCUCUCUGGUUUACAGCCAACUUCUUGGUAACACUAUUGAUUUUGCCUCACAGAAUUGAGUACAAGAGUGGUACAGUACCUUUUCUAUCCGCUGGUGUGAUUCUUUUUUUUUUUUUUUUUUUUCUGUUUUCUUUUGCAACAAUAGAAAAUUGUCUCAAACAUAUUUUGUUGCCCCUGUGGUUUAUUGUUCUUUUUGCGCUGAUUAUUUGGGGAAAUAUCACUAAUCAGUUGUCGAAUUUUGCUCUUUUUUUGUUUCUUUGACAAUGUUGUAAAUGAUGAUGCAAUGAGAAGUUGUACACGAUUGUGUCAGCUGGCUGCCCUGUUGAAGUUAUUUAGGUUUGACUCAUAAGAUAAAUCAUAAUCUUUUAGACUCGCUGCACACGGCACUGUCUCACUAACAGUCUGUUUUACAACCAGACAUGAGGUGCUGUCUGCAGUAUUCAUCUUAAAGGUGCAGCUGUCAGUGGUGCUAGGCCACAGAAGUGUAAAGCUAUUCCCAAAAUGAGUGUAUCCAAGGGUAAAAGUCAUUUUACUUAACUGAGUUGACAUAUUUGAACAUUCAGUUGAGACAUUCUUCAGACUUUCUUGUCCAUGUAUGAACCAAAGUCAAACUUUUUUUGUGCUUUACCCAGUGCACCUGUUUGUAACUUUGUAACCAAAGACAGAAUUGUUCAACUUUAGCUUAACUUUUUAUUCAUCUUUAUGCUUGGUCUGACUUUUUUUUCCAUUGCACAUUUGGAUACAAAUGAAAUGCAAGUUUCUCAUAUUGCUAAAUAAUUAUGUUUUAUCAUAUCAUGUCUGGUUUCAAAUAUGCAAGAACAGACUUUAAAUAGCAUAAAUUAACCAAGUUGUGGGUCUUUGUUUGAUUGUUUUGGGGGUUUUUUUCAGGCUGUUUAUAAUUUAUCAUUUGUGGAGGAGUACAACCUAAGCAAUACAGUGUGCUGGGUCAUGUUUGGAAAAAAAAACAGUGUGGGAUGAUGAAAGAACAAUGACAGAGGAGCUUCAGGCAGAUACAUGAGUAGCUUUUGUUAAAAAAGAAAAUGUAUUCAAAUGUUUGGAUCUCUGACAUAACACGGCUGUGUAUCAGUUUUGUCACCACACUUUGUUAUCCAUUGUUUAUUAUACUGACUUAUUUUUAGUUUUUAAAGAUUCUGUCUUUUUCAAGAUUUAAAGAGAAUAAGAAGCUAAUAAAACAUAAUCAGAAAUUGAUAA